AUGGGUAAGAAUGCGAAGGAGGGAAAUACUAGUGGUAAGCUACAAACGAUGGAAGAAAAUGCCUGUCGAGACCCAACUCAACAACCUGCUACUGUGCAUUUCCUAGAUUCUACCAAGCAUAUUUUCUAUGUACCGGUGGUAGCUAUGAAUAAGUAUUUUCAUGCAAUAAAUUAUUAUUAUCUGUUGCUUGCUUUUACUCCAUUAUGCUCAACUGGCGGAAAAGAUCUUCGAAUUCAUUUUUUUCAACUUAUUGAGCAUUUCUUUUGUGGGGCAGUCCAAAAACAAUUGUUAUUUAUGAAAGUAUUUUCUGUUCAGAAGCGAGCUGAGGGAAGUGAAUUAUUUGAUAAAGUGGCCGAAUUCCUCAAUCUGACUGAGAAAGAUUACUUUGCUUUGUCUUUUACUGAUUGUGACGGUGAUCAGCAUUGGAUAUACGAGGAUAAACGAAUUUCAAAACAGCUGAGAGGCCAUCCAUGGGAUUUUAAUUUUGGAGUGAAGUUUUAUCCACCUGAGCCUGCGACAUUAGCAGAUGAUAAUACGCGCCAUCUUUUGAGCUUACAAAUUCGAAAAGACAUAUAUACUGGGAAGCUUCCAGCUACGGUUGCUACACACGCACUACUUGGUUCAUACGUGGCGCAGUCUGAGCAAGGUGAUUAUGAACCUUCAUUACAGUAUGUUGACUUCCUUAAAAGUUGCCGCCUAGCACCGUUAUCAAAUGACACACUAUAUGAAAAAAUCGAAGAAUUGCACAAACAGCACAAAGGUGUCACGUCAUCUGAGGCAGAUUUUAAAUAUUUGGAAAUCGCCAAAAAACUUAGUAUGUAUGGAGUACAUUUUUUUCCUGCAAAGGACGGCAAAGGGGUUUCAGUACAGGUCGGUGUUUGUGCUCAUGGUAUUCACAUAUAUCGUGACCAGAUUCGUGUGCAUCGUUUUUUGUGGCAGAAUAUCAUCAAAAUUGGCUAUCGACACAACAUAUUUAUUGUCAAAGUUAAACCUGGUGAACUUGAAAAAAAUGUAUCAACAGCUGCAUUUAAAUUCUCAGAUCAUGAAGCUGUAAAACAAGCUUGGAAAUGUGGAGUUGAACAUCACACAUUCUUUAGAUUGAUUCAGCCUGAGGAAAAACCCCAUAAAGGUUUAUUACGGUGGGGUUCAGCUAGGUUUCGCUAUCAGGGACGCACGCAAUUCCAAUCAAAAAUGGCUUCGCAGAUGUUUAGUAGCAACCAGCCAAUUCAGCGCUCGCAAAGUGCUCGAAUGACACGAAGUGACGAAAGUGGUAACUGUCUUGGAUUUUUCGACAAUAUUUUUGUAGUAUUACUAGCUUCAUUGUCAUUUAUUGAAGUGGGAGCUCACAGUGUUCCUGAAAAAAAGUUAAAUUUUAUGAAGCAUGUAGGCUCUCCACGUGAGAUAUAUACGACAUCAUUUCCGGGAACUGACCAAAGAAAAGGAUAUAAAACAAUGAUGAAUGAUGAAGAGGUGGGUUACAGCAGAAAAAUUCAAACCGGUGAGGAUUUAAGAAAGUUGCAUGACGGUAUCUGCUCUUCUUCUGUUGUUACUUCUGUUAUUACUACUACUACUGUUCCUAUUUCAACUAAUACUAUUACUGUCAUUAAUUCUGUCAUUGAUACGCAUCAGUUUCAUGAUAAGAAAACUGUACAAACUUCCUCAUACCAUGUUUCAACUCAUUCCCAUGAUAUCUGUAGAGGUAUAGCUUUUUCUACAAAUCAUCUAUUUGAUGAUGGCUUGCAUAGCCAAACACACUACGGGUUGGAUGGCAUAAGUCGAAGUGGACCAAACAUAUCAGUUUUACGUAAACAAGAAGAUAUGCAAUUUGUUCCAGUAGAGGAUACUGCAGUCGUAUAUCACCCUGGGCAUUACGAAGAACAAGUUGCCGGCAAUCGUACUGGGCUGUUUCUUGAACCACCAGUUGAACAGGAUGAUGAUUUUGUGCUAGUUCAUAAGCCAAAACUAGGAGUGCUUGGAAAAAUAUUCCAUCAGAGCGGUUCAGAAACCGACAUUCUUGUCAAAGAAGAAGAUAUUGAAGCACGUCCUAUUCGUUACUCUUCGAAUGUGUAUCAACCCGGUUUUUAUCGCUUUGCACGUGAGAACAAAGAUUUUGAAGUUUUAGAGCAUGGGAAAUGUUCUGAUUCACAACAUGUGGGUAAAUUGAAAGUAGAUGAAGAAAAACAUUUCAAAGAUGAAGAAUCCACAGGACAUGUCUCGCAUGUGGAAAAGGAUUCGGAGUUGUCGUUAAAACCACUCAGAAGUCAUGAAUAUGUCGAUAGCACCAAUGAAAAAAACAAAUGGCCACAUUCGUUGCCUUGUUAUCAGCAACUUGAAAAAAGUGAAGAGCAUUACUUGAAAGGAAAUACUGAAGUGGGAAAAAGCAUGAUUCCUCAAUGGACUGAGAGUCGUACAAGAAGCAAAUUACAUGGUGCUAUUAAACCAGAAAAGGAGGCUAAAAAAAUUGCCUUUGUUCAUGUGAAGUCGGGAGUUUAUGAAGAACAGCCAGAGUCAAGAGAUGCUUAUGAGCUAGAGAAAUCGGCAGCUGUUACUGAACUGGACAAAGGAGUGAAAAGAACAACUGUUGUUCAGGUGAAGACACCAAUUUGGGAAAGGGAGUUGGCACCAAGAGAUAGUUAUACUCUAGGAAAAGCGGAAUCUGUUUCUGAAUCGGGAAAAGGAACGACAGCUGUACAUGGUAAUAGUGAAAGUCAGUCGAUAUGGACAGGUAAUUAUAAGUCAGAAGCAGUGGAACUAAUCCCUGCAACAGAGAAAGAAACAAAGAAGAUGGCGAAUAUUCACGUGAAUACACCAAUUUAUGAAAGACAGUUGGAGCACACAACUGAGUAUGAACCUAAAGUGAGUGGCGUGAAAAAACAAACGUGUGUCAGCAAGGAAAAUUCCGGUAGGGAAGAUAGAUUUGAUGCUCCUGUAAAGGAAAUCGGUGCGACAGUGCCAUAUAAAACGUCUCUUCAUCCAAAACAGGCAUGCAGGCUUUUCAUGCGCGCUCCAAGUAGUCCUAUCAACCCGGAAGCGUACGGAGUGCCUUCAACAUCCUAUGACGGACCUUUACAUAGUAUCAAAUAUGACAGCGGAUUUGUAUCAUUACCAAUUCAUGAACAUGUUACUAUAUAUCAUUCUGGUGUCUCAGUUGAUAGCGAUAGGAAUCGUGAUAAGCUAUCGAGGCGAAAGCAGUAUGAGAAGGAGACAUCAGAUAAAAGCUCCAGUAAUGAGCAGCAAGAUUUUCCUGACAGCGGCAAAAUGACAGCUGUUAUUGUCGUGUCUCAGUCUGACUCCGCCGUUACAUCUCAGGCGUACGAAGAAAAGUCUGGUGAAAAAGCAUUGGGAAUAGAUUAUUCCCAUCAAUUGAAAACAGGUUUGUCUGCGGAUUUUGAGAUGAGUAAAGAGAAACUGUAUGGAACUUCUCAUGAAGAAAAGAAUAUGAAACCAUUUGGUACACAAGGUGUCAAAGGUGAAAAUGCAGUAAAAAAUACGAAAGCUAUUUUAAGCUUUGGCAAACCAUACCAAAAAAUAGAAGACGAUGAAAAAAUGAGAACUCCUUCCGCCACAAACUCACAGGAAUCAAAGUUAGAUUACAAGGUUCGCCGAGAAUCAGGGUCGAGUGUUUUGAAAGAUGAAAUUUCUACGAGCGAAGAUUCGAAGAAUAACCAGCCCAAGGAUGCACUUACAUAUGACAUGUUAGCUGUUAUUAAGAAAGAAGAUAAUGAGAGUGAAAAACUGACAUCGAGCUUAUUUUCAAAACAAACAAAUCUCGCCAAACUAACAGCAAGCGAACCAGAUCAGGAAACUUCUCAUACAGGGAAGUGUAAAUUAGAUAAUGUGGUGGUAGACACUCAUGUCAAAACCGGGGAUAAGGUAUUACCAGGGUAUGCAACCACACAAGUUUCUAACACAAGUAGUCCUGAAAUGAAUGAUGCCGAAUCCUCGCGUGCUCCCUUGUUCACAUACAGUGUAUUAGGUGUAAUGAACUCAGCAAAAAAAGAGAUUAAAAAGAUGAGUUUACGAAAGGAAUCUGCUUUGGGUCCUGAGGAGCUACCGGAGCAUAUGGAGAGCAACGUUUCUUCUGAAACGAAAGUAAAAGAUGUGCUACCUGUUACAAUGUCUACAGGAAGUAUGCCUGACGACAGACUGGGAACUGACGGUGCAGACAAGGGAACUUCCAUUGCCAGAGAGACCCAAGAUAUAAUGAAUGUCAAACCUGAACCAGUAUCCAGAUACAGCGUACUUGCUGUAGUCAAGCCGAGAGAAAUGAUUACAAAGAUGUCGCCGAAGGCAUCCACAUCCCCUCCUGAGAAGUUGUCCCAAGAGAGUGAAAUUUCUUUCCAGCCAAUCCAUUUCACUGUAAAACAUGAAACCCCUCAAGCGAAGCAUCUAUCUCUUGCUUACAAAAAAUUCAAGAGGGUUAAACACAAGGGCACUGUAGAAUUUAUUGCAAAAGAAAACCUUGAUCCGCAAAAUUAUAAUUUUGAAAAUACUCCAUAUCAGGGUCCGCUUGAAGUGAUCAGUUUUACAGAAGGGCUGCAGUUUGCACCAAUUCACGAAUACUGUACCAUAUCCCAUCCAGCAAAGAGUCGUGUUCGAUUGCGUAAAUUGUACAGGCAAAAACGUGCACCAAAAAUUACAAAAGUAAAGAGACCUCUUAUUAGGAACGUUAAAAAAACAGCUAUCUUACACCUGAAUAAGGAUGCAGAUCGCGGAGAAUCGAGGGAUCAAAGUUCCUCACCGUUAUACGAGCUAGAAAGUAAUUUGGAACAUAAGUCAUCUAGUUCACCUGAACAGUCUACAGCAUAUAAAGCACGAGUAGUGUGCAACAAAUUUCACAAAAAAGAACAUGACUCAGAGCCUAAAAAACAAGAGCUAUCCUUCAAACAUUGUCUUAUUUCUGGUGAUGCUGAAAUUGUGGAGAAGAUACCUGUGAAGCCAGAAACAUAUCAUCUUAUCACCAUGCCUUAUGAUGGUCCUGUAAGUCGCUUGGAGCUCAGUGAUGAGUUGUCAUAUACCGCUCUGCAAGAGCUCGUAGCCGUCUACCAUAGUGGGAUAUCUUACAAAGAGACACAAAGAUUGUACAGAAGAGAUAGUAAGUCGAGUGUAGGAAGUAAGAGUACUAGUAGUGGCAGCAGCACUAUCAACAGCAGAACCAGCAAAAGUGGCUCUUUAACCUCCGGUCUCUCAAAUGAACACAAGCGAAUGAAGAAAAAAAUGAAAGCUAAACUGUUUCUUUCUCCUAAUGAAAGGAAUAGAACUGGAUUGUCGAAGGGCAAAGGAUUCUUUUCAUUUUGGCGUAAAGGUCAUGAUGAUGAAGGAACACGUGCCGUACGAAAAAAACAGAAACUGAAGACAUCGUCAAAAUUACAGUUUGGUGAACAGCAGCGGUCUCCUUCAUUCGAUUCCACUGCUGGUCACGAGCCAUCAGUAGUAUCACAAGACAUCUCAACGACUGCAAUGAAAGGUUCUGUCAGUGGGUCACAGAAAACUGUACAGACCAAAGAAAACGAAAGCAAGAACACAGCUGUAAAACUUUACAUUAAAAAUGAAUCUUUAACGAUUUCAGGAAAUGUGGAAGAAAGUGGGAAACAUUCAAAAUUUAGUCCUUUCAGUUUCUGGCGAUUAUCAGAAAGAGAAGGCAAGAAAAAUCUGAAGAAGUCUGACUUCAUUUCGUCUCAUAAAGAUCGUGAAUCUGAACCUCACUCCCAAGGUUUACAUUCAUCAUAUCGAGAAGCAGAUGAUGUUAGUUCAGCGAGAGAAAGCAAGAAAAAAGCUCUUGUUUACAUAACUGCCAAGGGCAAAUCAUAUGAAUCAGACUCAAGUGAUUUAUUUCGUUCUAAAGAUUCUAGCAAAAGAAUUGCAAAAGCGCAGGAAUCACUAUUUGAGGAUGAGACAAUUAUUGAACCUGCGUCUUCGAGUUUACCCGACUCUUCUUUGGUGAGCGAACGAGAAACUACUCAUCUAAGAGCUUGCACUUCAUCUGUUGUUGACAGACGUAAAGACGUGGUAUCAACAUCACCCGAGACAGAAGUGGCUUAUCAACCAUUGCGUACAAAAGUCUCUAUUCAGUAUGAUGAAUUAUAUAACGUAGAAGGACAGAAAACAAAAUUACAUGAGGAGAAAGAUGCCUGCGAAGUAUUAGGAGGUAGUGCUGAUGAUAAUGAAAGCAGUGCUGAUAUGAUUGAGGAAAGCGAUGGUAAACGGUAUAUGGCAAAGGUCAAAGUUAAAUCAGAGGAAAGCUAUAAAGGAAAGGGGGAUGAGCAGCCAACUUUAGUUGCAGCAAGGAAAGAAAAAGAAUUACUGGGUGAUAGCUUGACGAAGAAAUCAAGCUUUGUUGUUAAGGGAUUCCAUCUUCGUGGUCCGAAUAGCGAAUUUGAAGAGACAAACGCUAUUGCACGCGGCGUUAGCAAACAAGGAGUUAUUAAAAGUAUCCAUACAUGUACUUCUGCAGGAUUGCUGGAGAAAGAUGUUGGAGAAGUGAAUACUAGUGAAGAUGGAAAUGAGAAGUUAGACGUAGGCAAAAAGAUCCCUACAUUACGGAUCAGAAAUGAGAAGCUGGUUGAAAGUGAUACGGAUUCCAAGGAGAGUAAGAAAGCUGCUGGCAAGACCGGCUUUUUCUCAAUCUGGCGAGGAAGUAAAAGAAGUAGACAGCAGAAAGCACAAAACAAAUCAGCAUCUUCGGGAACUAAUGAUUCAGUUCAGUUAACAUUAUCCUCAGAUCCCAAUACAUUACCACCGGGCCAAAAGGAGGUAUUGUUGAAUGCAAAUGAUGAGCAGUGUAUGUUCCCUGUUGAAAGUGCUGAGGUCAGAAUGCCAGCAAAGCACAGUUAUGUACCUGUUUAUGAUUUCUCAUAUGUUCCUAACUUUGGCACUAACAUCGAGAUAGAUUCGCAAGUAAAACAAGCGGAAAGUAGUGAAAAAAAGUUGGUUGCAUCGAUGACUGUUAAAUGCUCGGGCGACGUUAGACAAGAUUGCUUAGAAACUGAUGCUAUGAACAAUACUUCGACUGAAGAGAAGGAAAGAGGAGCAAAUAGAUUUAAGCAGCUUUUCGGUCGUCAGGUUAAACACGCUGAAAGAUUUUUAGAUACGUCAUUUACGCAGCAAGAUGUAAGCACGGAUGAAAAACCCCCUAUUACUGAUGAUCAUAAACAAUUGCUUUCAAGAGAUAAAGCAUUCCUUUCUGAGCUAACAUGGGAGAAGUCAGGUGGCAAAAGCCAUGGUCACUUAAAAGAACCCAUAACAUCGCAAGCUAAAGAGUUGCAACUAGCGACAGGGGCUGAAAUACCGGAUGAGCCGUAUAAAUUUACUCAGACCCCUCCAAAUGAUCUAGAUUCAGUAGCCCACUCAUCUGAUCUCAAAGAUUCACGGGGUAUCAUGCAACAAAUCAAGCGACAAGUGGCACAGGUUUGUGCUGUUGUAUUGAGUUUAUGCACCACGUGUUUCAACGCUUUUACUUGUAAUGAAUUAGUUUGUUUUUAA